UCGGAAGAGUAUUCGAGGGGUGACGAGGGAUAAUUUAGAUGCUGUAGGUGUUGCAGAAGUGCACCGAGCAAUGAGACGCUGUGCAGUGCAUCUCAGUGAAGUUCUUCGCCUUGUUGUGAAUUGGACUUGAUCGCUACCCCUCAGUGUGCCCCCAUGUGGACAUCUCCUGCCCCCAUGGAUGAGACAGAAAUCGCAAUGAAUGUCAAGACCAGCUUCUCGGUGAAGGACAUAUUAGACAUGCCGCAAGCCGCGGCCGUAGUGGCUGCGGCUGCGGCCGGUGAGACUGCCAAGGCCCGGUCCUGCCGUGUGGGCAACGGCGGUUCUCCGACGGUAGCCCUACAGGACGGAACUACCACUAUCAGCUCCCACGAGUCGGCCAAUUUGAACUCAUUCUAUGACGCCAGCGACAAUCCCUACACGCGGUGGUUGCAGACUCAAGGCUCGGACCUAAUGCCUUAUUCCUCUCUCGGUCAGACGGCAAACUCAGCAAAUUCUACUUCGGCUAAAACCACUUCCAGCAAUGUGAACACAACCCCAACUUCCAAUAAGACUUCCCCGCCAGUCACCACCGACAUCAGCAAUGGCAACCUGAGUGGCAGCGGUAGCGACGAUGAAGAGUCAGCCAACCAGGACUCCUCCUCCUCAGACCCUCCUAAGAAGAGGAAAAGACGAGUCCUCUUCUCCAAGGCCCAGACUUACGAACUGGAGAGGCGGUUCCGCCAGCAGAGGUACCUCUCGGCUCCAGAGAGGGAGCAUCUGGCGAGUAUUAUCCGCCUGACCCCGACGCAGGUUAAGAUCUGGUUCCAGAACCACCGCUACAAGCUGAAGCGUUCCCGCCAGGAGAAAGGUCUGGACAUGAACCCGUUACCGUCCCCUCGGCGGGUCGCCGUACCGGUCUUGGUACGGGACGGCAAGCCUUGUGGUGCUGGUAUGAACGGUGCAGCCAGCGCCGCCAUGGCCGCGGCGGCGCCGUGCAUGGGACCCAAGUCACACCACGAGAUGAUUGCGACCACUGCAGCCACAGCCCCGCCACCGCUGCAACACAUGCAGGCCUACCCCUCACAAUGCAGCUACGCUGCCGCCCCCUACAGCAGUUACAGCACCUUCUCAGGCAUGUCGAACAAUAUGCAAUACUCGGGCUCCAUGGCCCAGCCUUGGACAUGGUGAAUGCCUGCCGUCAGACUCGACGAGAAAGCAUUGGAUCCAUUGAGACUCAGUGUCUGUUAAAACGGACACGCAUGGGGUAUUGCAAAUCAUAACUGAUAAAAUAUCUUCCAUCGGUUGAACGAUGACAUCAAGCUGCUUUAUAUUUUGAAGAUUAUUCGCCCAAGUGAUGUUUCGAGAAAGUGUGGAUACACCCAUCCACAACCAGAUAAUCAAGGAUGUUCACUUCGUCAUUAUUUUACGCUUCCUGGACGCCCCUUUCACCGGCUGACUGGACACGAUUUUUGGACCAUCGUCCACCUAAACAAAUGUUGGUUUGGCCUUCAGUGUACCCCAGCUGCGAGGGACAGUUUCUGACUCCCGUGCCGCUGUCCGUGCUUGAUGGACCGGAAAAUCGCCUCGCCACAUGUGCUUCCGGUAUUUAAUGUCCGAAACUUUUGUCUUUUACUACUUUCGCAAAUGGUUGCGUUGAAGAACUUAUGCAGUCAUCAGAAUUUGAUAGGAAAGCAACCUCUUUAGGUUUUCAAUCGAAUACCACUAUUAAUUUUGUAAUAAAUAACGUUUGUAAAUUAUUAGUCAAAGACUUUCGAAAAGUUCAGUUAUUAAUACCAAACCCCUUUCCAGCACAAGUCCCUUCUAUUAGUGUACCUUUGUAGCAUAUUAAAUAAUGUAAUGUUCCGGUGCAUCUGAGGGAAUAAGAGAGAGUAAAAUUAUAAACAUGGCUUGUAGUCGUAUACUCGGACAAAAAGGUAACCAAUCUAGUUCUACCAAGGAAUCAAAACUGCACCCGGGCCACUGUCAGUGAGGGCUACUCCGGCACAGUCGUUUCGAAAGUAAUCAUGAAUCUGACAAAGGCGCGGUAUCUUUCUGGUAACUAGCAAACCGUCCCUAUUUGGCAAAUAUAACAGCUUCAAUAAGUUUUGCAGUAUUCCAUUACGCGGUGGAUUUCUCCGUCAAAAGGCGGUAUUGGUUAAAGCUCGCGAUGUGCUUUUUUUACGAGCGUAUCCCCACCGUCAUGUAAAAUUCAUUUUGUGUUUAGGAUUAAAGGAUGUGACGACUUGCUAAAAGAAGGGUGUGUUCUGGGGCAAAAAGAUUGGGAAAACUCCUCACUUAACUUGAUCCCUCAAAGAUAGCGGCCGAAUUAAUGGUAUUACAUUUUGAAAUUAACAUCUACUUUAAGUUCCGCUUGCAACCAUUGGCUCUUUUCUAUUCCCCCUCGCACAAUACGGGACAGGUGUGAGUUGUGAAUAGGUGCAAAAUGCGAUUUUGGCAAAGGAUGACAUUCAGAGACAGCCGAUUGGUGGUCGUUUUAUUCACCUCCUUCACAAAGGCCAGAGGUGAGAUGGGCCAAAGAUACCCCAAGAGGACAUAACCAAUUCACACCCUCAUUCUUCUUGUUUUGAUGAGUCCUCUUCUGCCUUCAAAAGACCCGGCAAAUAACCCGGUCCCACCGAGAAAAAAAGCACUAUUGUGUGGUAACACCCUGUCCGGAUCUUUUUCUUUUUUAUAUUCCCACCGGUUGUAAGCCCUGUGAAUACAAGGAGACUGACUUACGGUCUUUGCAAUCAAUCGACCGUGCGGACAAUGCGGGUGUAUUUGCCGAGCUUCCUGUGCACAAUGCCCCGUCCAAACAGACCCCCUCGGCCCGCUCACCACCAAGUACUCGGUAAAGAAAAAUAUUUGUCGUCAACCUCUCUCUCCGUUCUUUUUGCCCCUUCCCACUUUGGCUGUGUGAUCGUGUUUGUCAAUCCAAGGCUCCCCUUCUAUCCUCUUGACUUAAAUUGGUAAACACAUACUCUAAAAAUAAUGCUGAGCUGUUUGUAUUGACAACACGGUGAAACAUUUCAUGGCAGAGCUUUAACAAAACCGUACAAUUAUUUAGUUGACAGUAAUCUUGUAUGUUUGUUUGGUUUUUCGAUGUUGGAAAGAUCAAAGUAAGCUUGGUAAAGGGUAGACCCUUUCAGGAAUCACAAAAUCCGAAUGAUUUUAAAAAAUUUGAAGUACGGUCGUCUGUGUAAUAGCUUAUGAAAUUGCAUUAGUAUCAUGUUAUGGAUUAUCCAGUCCAUAUAGCUGUAUAACAGACGUGAUGAUUAUGUACAUGUACGUAGCUUGUUAUUUGCAACUAAAACCCGGAGGCACUUAAGUCAUGAUGUGCUUGAUGUUUCAUUAAUGUCGGCCAAGUCAGACCGAAAUGCCUAAACCGUCACUGCGUUGGCGGAAAGUAUCGCGUGUAAAGCACAUCAUAAUUAAGUCUGGAAAGUGUACGUUGUCCAUGAUUCAGAGAAUGUAUCUGACGAGGGUUGAUUAUGAUACCCUUUUGUAUAAGAGAUCGGUUUUCCCAUUAUCUAUACCAAGGACAAACAAUAGGUUAUUUUUUUAGAAAGACUCUGUAUUGUAGCAACAUAAAACGGCAGUAAUCUCAUUACUAUACUUUGUAUCACACUUUGUAUUUAUUACUUCAUUCAUGCUCGCUUUAGUUUUGUCAUGCAGAAACAAAAUAGAAUGGAAAAACUUCAACGGCAAGAGCGUAUAUGAAAAUAAUACAACCCAAUAUAGGUGGAUAAAAAUCGGAGAUUUGGUCUCUUUCACUUUUGACGCUUUCACCUGUCAAAUGUGAUGGUUUGUGAUUAUUUUUUUUUGUAAAUAAUAAUGCUCGUGUUUUAUAUAUGAGAAUCUGGCGAUGUUUAUCGUGUGUAAGAUAAAUUAAGUGGAAUGUAAAUUGACUACUUCUGUUCAAAAUGAAGCAUAGUUCUGAGUUCAUUGGUAAAACGUGUGUUAGAGCUGUCACACAACCGUAGCCUUCUGUUGUCCAGAUACGACCGUGGCUAGAUGUAUUCACGUACAUACUGCGCCAGUCCAAGAACGGUUUGUGCCGUUUUGCUGGAGGCGGUUCAAGUUAAUUGCCCCAUAAUAAAAGAAGACAAAUCCCCUACUUACAUUUAUCGAAAUAAUCCGAACAAAAUAAUUUCUCAAUCUAGGCCUUAUUGUCUGUCAUUGCUGCAUUUCGUUGCCUGCGAAUCUGAUGAUAGCUUAUCUCCAUUUUCACUUCUGAUGUAAAAUGGAAAGACAUAAUAAUGAAUUACACACACGUACGGAAUCACCCAUUUUAGUAACUCUCAUAUGACUGCAUUUGCUUCAAAUUGUAUGCUUUGUAUCGUUCCUGUAGAACCUCUUAAGAACAUAAUUUAAAAGAUGAGAAAAGUCGCAAAAUUACACGAGAUAUAGGCCCCUAACAUAACACGAUGUUCUUAUUUAAGGAUUUUAUUAAGUGCCCGAAAAUUAUAAUCCGAUUUGGUGAAUUAAUCCUAGUUUUAUAAUUGCCAAAGACUUGGGAAAAAACAGAAAUGGUCCAUGUUAUUUUCUCAUAACAAUGUACCCAGAAAAGAGUAUGUAACAUUCCUUUGCCUUCUCAUUUGUUUUAGUUUCACAUGUGCAGUUGAACCUUUCGCGUCGUUAUGAGUGUACAUACCCCAUGCAUCACUGGCACUUUGGAUGGGCAGGACAGUACAAUUGAUUUUUGUAUUAUCUGUAGGAUAUAAUUUAUUAUAUUACUUAUGCGGAAUUUGAUUGUUAACAUAAUAUGCAACCACCUCAUUAUACAUAGUGUAGCUGUACUCACGUUCAACUAUCGCCAGAAGAGAAUAAAGAUUAAUCGAAACGGUUCUGAAAUAGUAAUAUUGACAUCCAAAAAAAAAAA